AUGCAGUUCAAGACCCUCAUCUCCCUCGCUGCCCUCGUCGCUGCCGCCACCGCCGCACCCCAGGCCGCUGAGACGUUCGACCCCUCCACCGCGACCGUCUCGUUCUCGUCUGCGGUCACCACCCAGACCUUCACCGCCUCCCAGGUCCUCGUGAGCUUGAUGCAGGUCGACCCCUUCGUCACCACCAUCGAGACUACCACCGUCUGGACGGCGACCCGCACGGUCACCCUCGCGGUCCCCACUGGGGCGCGCUGA